GAACAUGUAGUCGUAGCAGACGCAGUGGUGGCUCGUGUGAACACUGCAGGCAUCGUUUAAGCCACUUAAGCGGAAGGCAGCGGCAAAAAGACAAGCUCGCGAACGUGGCCAUUUCUGCUGAAGCCAACCGGAUAGAAGAUGUUAAAACCCGAUAACACUCAUGUCCCUUCCCUUCCCCUCCCCCCUCGCUCUCUCUAGCUACCUAGCUAGCGGAAAGCAAAUAUUGGCAAAACGCUUGACCGUAAAUUAUCGUGCUAUCGAGUCGAUGCUGGGGGUGGUGAAAAGAAUGAAGGGGUGAGCGCUGCUGCGCGUCGCUUGGCUAAGCGCGCUGUUGGGCUUCGGCGCGUCCUGGCUUUUUGGGCUCUCAUAUCAGAAUGUGCGAAUGUGUUUUCUGUCGUCCGCCGUCUCCCUUCAAAGUCAAUGCGUCCUCUGUCAACAGCAGAGGUACCUCACCGCCGUUAACGGCUGCACGCGGAACAAUAUCCUUCCGGCAAACAUUACCCAGGGGGAAGCGUUCUGCAUGAUCUCGUCUUGUAUCGACAAUCCACGGCAGAACCCACAACUGAUCGGGCGUAGGAGACGUGAGACCAACGAUGUUGACGCCAUCGAGGCUGACGAGGAUAAUGUAGCCUUUGAAAUCUUCGUAAAUGUGCAACUUGAGGACGGAGCCGACUAUGAUGACUAACCAUAGUAGAGAUCACUAACCAAGUUCGACUAAAGCCUUCAACUAGUAACUUUGAUAGUUCAGGCAUCUACCGACCAGAAUGUAUUUGGCACAGAACCAACAUCUAGCAAAAUGUAAUUAACUAUAGUUGAUUUUAUAGGUCAACGCUAAUUUUUUUCCCCUAUACAAUUUGCGGAAAAGUCAACAGUUAAGUAAUUAUAUCGCUAAUUAGAUCUCACAAAAAAAAAAACGAUAAAAUUAGCGAGGUUCUAACGCUUCGAUUUUCAGGUCAGUGACAGUGCAGCUAUGUAUUAAUGAGCAAAAUUUGAAGUAAAAAAGCUUAACAGAAUAUACUCAUUAUAACGUUUUUGCACUCGAUAAUUUCAACGUGUAAGUUGUGAAUCACUAUCCAAAUGUGGACAUUCAAUCUACAUACAGGAAGGAUGUAAAUACUUUAGCAAGGAACCUGCCACCGCAGCCAAAAACGCGUUUGGACAACUGCAUGCUACAGCCUUAACAUGAGGUCCGCUGUGACUAUUGGUUUUUUGUUUUGAUUUGAAUCGGCCUUUGAUCUCAGCAACAUUCGCAACUCGAGUUGACCAGGCCGAUGUCUUGCGUAAACGUGCGUGGUUCAGGCCAGCUUAUGUUGAAUAGGACAUGAGUAAACCCUAACCUCACGGUCAGACAAACAAAUGAAUCGACAUUAUUAGCAGCAAUGCAUAUAAUAAAUAAUGCAGCUUAUCAGAUAAUCUUACGAAGGGGUACGCUUAACUACCGUAAAUGUUAUUGGAACAGGUAAACAAGCCUGCGAGUUGUUUACUCCUUUAUAAAUACCACUUGCGCAUAGCUUACUAUUUCGAGAUUUAAAAAAGUCUGUGAAUUUAUGCGACUGCGGAUAUGUACUUUGAAUAACUGCGCGCCAAAAUAAUUCCCAAAUCCCAAAGGCGUGUCCUUUACCGAACCAGAAAACGUGAAACCUCCGCCGAAAACUUCCAAUGGCAAUUUACAUGGUCGACCGGCUAAUCCGCAAGGGUCGGCCUCUCGGCAUGUCACUUCAUGAUAUACUGGAUGCGAACACCUGUCCAUGACCUGCUGCGUGUUUGCUUGAUAUUUUAAUACUAUACUCGUAUAAAGCUUGGGAACAGCGCUCUAGCCAUAAUCAUUGCUGCUCUAUUAUUAAUGUUUCUGCUAAGUACAGUUUCAGAAUCUCAUAUAAUUAUACUCGUAUGCGUUUAGUUUUGGCCCCGCUGAUUUCACCAAACCAUUUUGGCAUUUUGUGCGUUACCACAUCUCUGUCGCCCACAAAUAAGCCCAUCCAUGAAGAAAAUACCACUAGUUUGGAAAAAAAAACACCGCAAUAAAGUAAACAUCUCAAUAUAGAUAUUCUUAAUUUUUUUUUUAAAUUUAAAUUCGGUUAUAAUUAAAAUGAUAACGGAAUGGCACCUGAAUAGGCUAACAUUAUUCUAAUGUGAAUCCUAACGUUACGGUUUAACAGACGCUAAAACUUACGCUGGAAUGUAACGAUUCAUUUAGAACAAAGAAGAGGCAUCUAAAAUGCGUUCUGGCACGCCCGUCGGCCGUCUGACCGGUGUCCGUCUCCGUUAUUGAUAGCGUCACUCGUGAAUAGUUUGGUCAGCAUUCUAA